AUAUAUGAAAUAUUCAAGAUCUUGUCAUUUUUAAUUUUUAUAUCAAAAUCAAUUUGCAACUUCUUGUUAGUUGCACAAGUUUUUAUGGGAUCAAAAGCAAGUAAAAUUCUGAGCGAUCCGAAAAUGGCAGCUGAGCUUCAAAACUUCAUAAAGGGUGCAGUUGCACAAGAUAAAGUUGUAGUGUUCUCAAAAUCUUAUUGUCCGUACUGUAAAUUAGCUAAAGAUGUAUUUGUUAAGGUUAAACAACCUAUCAAAGUCUAUGAGCUAGAUGAAAGGGAAGAUGGAAAUGAAAUACAGGAGACUUUGGCACAAAUUACUGGUUUCAGAACUGUACCCCAGGUUUUCAUAAAUGGGAACUGUGUCGGAGGUGGGUCAGAUGUGAAAGCCUUAUUUGACUCUGGCAAACUGCAACCAAUGCUUAUUGGGUAGUUAUUUGAAAUUUAAUGUAAACAAAAUUUAAUUUGUUAUUAUUUCACAAAUAUUUUUUUUAGAGAUUAUUAUAUUUUGGUAAAAAUAUGGUAUCGUUUGGCAGGUAGGCCUCGUCUCUUCCACAACUCCCAUGUAGUUAAAAGGCAUAGUAGAAGCAUCGCUUCCCGGGGCUUAUAUUUAAAAACAAAACUCGAAGGUUGUUAUAUGUCUGGUGUGCAACCAAGUCCCAAGCUCGCUUUGUAUCGUAUAUGGCCUUAAAAAUAAAUGUCUCUUUACAUAAUCAGUAUACAAACUUUCUUCUAAAUACAUUUAAUUUAUUUAUAUUUUAUUCGUUAUUGAGGAGAAUUGAAAUGGCCGAAAACUCAAGAGCGUUCGACUUCAAAUUUCGCCCACAGCAUGUGUGUCUGAAUGUCACACUAGGAAUAAAAAUUGAUUCCUUUAGAAUUCUAUUUGAUGUAAUUUCUAAUAUACUAGAUACUACUACCGCUUCGGAAACAAAUAGCGCUCUGAGAGUCAAGAAGCGGCGCAAGAAACUCCCAGCGUUCUUUUUUUGCAAUGUCAGUCCGUUUAAUCUGAUUUAAGUCAAAAACACUUUUUUUUAUCUGAACCUCAUCUCUGAACUCCUGCCAGACGAUACUAGAUCCAACUCUUAUAUUUAUUUAUAUUAUAUGUUGCGUACUUAAAAAGUACUAGUAGAACAUACUUAUGUGAAAAUAACUGUUGUAUUAUGUUGUAUAUUUUUAUAAUGAAAUAAAUAGUUACUUCAAAA